GAUGGGUUCACUGGGGUCAUGAAGGCGUCCACUAACAAUGAGACAAAGUACACGUAGAGAUCUAUAUCGUCAGAUCUGGUUCCUGUAUCCUGCAGUUACGACAAACGAACAACCUGUUUUUUAACCGAAGCCUCAUUGGGAGGUAGAGUCACGGGCGGAUGACUCGACAGUUUCCGCCGUCCGUUUUGACGAUCCUUGUCGUCGUGGUUUUUGUUGAGGUUUUGACGCCCGCGCGAGAACUAGACCCGAGUUUGGCUUGACCUAAUUCUGCCUCGAAUAUAAACAUGGGCCUGCGUGGAUGUGUGGGUUCUGCGGUUGUUGCUGGCGACUUGAUCACCCGUGUCGUGUCACUUGACAGUAGAAAACUUCGUCAAAACGAUCGGAGGAAGAAGGAAGAAAUCAAAACAUUGCAUUGAAUAAAUAAAUUGUUAGUUGUGAUAUCACACUGAAUGAAGAGUUCAUUUGAACGUAAUAUUGUUGUUAUUAUUUGUUGUUGUUAUUUGUUGUUGUUGUUGCUUUCUGGAGACGGUGCUGAAGUUUUUAAAAAGUUGUCGCAUAUCAGUGGAAGAAGAAGUUUGAUCACGUGAAUUGUUCAUCAUGCCAGCCAGCACCCAGGAAAUUCGCUUCCACAUCAAUGGAAAAGAGCAUGUUGUCCCCAAGUUCUCUCCCCCCACCACCCUCAACGACUACCUGCGACAGACGGCCGGACUCAAGGGCACCAAGGUGAUGUGUCGUGAGGCGGGCUGUGGGACCUGUGCGGUGACAGUGAGUCACGUCAGCCCUGACUCGGACACCGUGGACACGUACAGCGUACAGUCUAUUACUUCACCAACAGCCCAACAUCACGGCCCAGGAGAUCGAGGACAACUUUGACGGGAACAUGUGUCGGUGCACGGGCUACAGGCCUAUACUGGACGCCAUGAAGUCUUUUGCUCACGGGUCGGGUAUUCCUGGUGCCAAGGCCAUCGACAUUGAGGAUCUGAACAAAAAGCUGUGCCCGAGGACUGGAGAGGUGUGCAAGGGAGAGCAGGAGGGGAGAGGUGGGACCAAGAGUCUGGAGGUGGAGGUCAAUGGAACCCGUUGGUACAGACCAACGUCUCUGGAGGAACUUGGGACUAUUCUCCGGGCUCAGAAAGACAAAAAAGUGAAACUGAUUUUUGGCAACACCGCAGCAGGUAGACCGACGUCUCUGGAGGAACUUGGGACUAUUCUCCGGGCUCAGAAAGACAAAAAAGUGAAACUGAUUUUUGGCAACACCGCAGCAGGAAUUUUCAAGAAUGAAGGACAUUUUGAUGUCUAUGUUGACCUUCACAGGGUCAAGUAUAUAUUCUCAUACCAGGUGAACGGCGACAGUGUGAGGCUCGGAGCGGCCACCUCUUUGACCAGCAUGAUGAACAAACUGAAAGCCAACCAGAACAAGCCCGGCUUCCGCUACUUUUCUGCAAUCGUCCGCCAUCUCAAGGUCAUUGCCAACGUUAUGGUCAGAAACUCUGGAUGUAUCGCAGGGAACCUCAUGAUCAAACACGCCCACCCGGACUUCCCCUCCGAUGUCUUCACCUUCUUGGAAGCCGCUGGUGCCAAGGUGGAGAUCUAUGAUUCAGUUACGUCCAAGUUCAGCUCCUGCCCCCUGGUGGAGUUCCUGCGAGAGGUCAACAUGGCAGGAAGUGUGCUGACUGCCGUCACUCUUCCAAAGUUGGAGGACAACGUGGUGUUUCAGUCGUUCAAGAUCACCCCAAGGUGGCAGAAUGCACACGCCUACGUCAACGCAGCUUUCAAGAUUGCUGCAGAAAACCGGACAAUAAAAGGCCGACCUUCGCUGGUGUAUGGAGGCAUCAAUGCCGAAACUGUACACGCCACAAACACGGAGAACUUCCUGGAGAACAGAACUCUGUCAGCGGCCGUCGUGAAAGAGGCACUGGACAUCUUGCGAGAAGAGCUGCAACCAGAGUACGAUCAGACGCUCGCGUCACCGAAGUACAGACGGGAAUUGUCUGGUUCUCUACUCUAUAAGGUUCUCCUGGGUAUUUACAAGCCCGAUGACCCCCGGUUGAGGUCAGGGCCCGACCACCUGCACCGACCCAUCUCCUCCGGUCUGCAGACAUACCAGGAAAUCAAGACGGAGUUCCCGCUCAAAGAAGCCAUGCCCAAAGUCACCGCACCUCUCCAGGCGUCGGGGGAAGCUCAGUUUGUGAACGACAUCCCAACCUUCCAGCAAGAACUGUUCGGGGCGUACGUUCUCUCCGACCAGGCAUCAGCGAUGCUGGACGCGACGGACGCCUCAGAGGCUCUGAAAAUACCAGGAGUGGUAGCAUUUUUAACGGCCAAAGACAUUCCAGAGGGUGGCACCAACAAUUACCUGACCUCCUUCGGCAUGCAUCAGUUCCAACAACAUCAGGAGAUUUUUGCCAGCAAGGAAAUCAGUUUUGCUGGCCAGCCAGUUGGGAUGAUUGUUGCUGAAACCCAGAGCCUGGCGAAUGCCGCAGCCCAGAAAGUAAAGAUGACGUACUCGGACAUCCAAACUCCGAUUCUGUCUGUCGAGGAGAGUAUUGCCGCCGGCAGGGAGUAUCCUUUCCCACAGAGCGAGAAGAUUGUAGGAGAGCCUGACGAGGCAUGGAAGUCUGUGGAGCACACGAUAGAAGGAGAGUGUAGGAUGGGAUCACAGUACCACUACUAUCUGGAGACACAGGUGUCGCUGGCGGUUCCCUCAGAGGACGGUAUCGACGUGUACACAGCGUGCCAGUUCCCGUCCAUGAACCACAUCAUCGCCGCAGAGGUCAUUGGGAAGCCUCUCAACUUACCAGUCCGUGUGUCUCUAGACAUGUCCACCAAUGUGAGGAUGUGUGGGAAGAGAGCCGCUAACCUGGCCAGGUACAAGGCUGGCUUCAGCGCAUCCGGAGAUCUCCAAGUUGUGGAUUUGGAUUUCUACUUGGAUUGUGGAUACACCCCGAAUUCUGCUCCCGAGCUGAUCCACAUCGUGGCUUACAUUGACAUGGCUUACUACAUUCCCCACUGGAAGAUCCGAUCUCACCCGAUGUUUUCCAACAAGCAAACCUGCAGUCCAGUGAGGGCACCUGACGGAUCUGCACGGCCACGCCAUGACCCACUGCACCAUCAGGGAGGUGUGGCGACGUCUCAAGGACACUGCCGAGGUAGAGGGCAGGAUCAGACAGGUGGACGCCUUCAACCAGGAGAACCUGUGGAAGAAGCGUGGCAUCACCAUGACCUCCGUCAAGUACGGGGUGGCCUACUUUGGCAACGGCUUCACGGCCAACGUGUCCAUCUUUGCCCAGGACGGCAGCAUUCUCGUCAGCCAGGGAGGCGUGGAGAUGGGGCAAGGACUCUAUACCAAGCUUGCCCAGGGAGUGGCCCACAGCCUGGGUGUGCCGAUCGACAAGGUCAAGGUCAGGCCGACCCAGAACAUCAUCUCUCCCAACAACUGGGGGUCAGGGGGCAGUGUGUCCAGUGAGCUCGCCACGCAGUCUGCCAUUGGAGCCUGCAAUAUUCUAAAGGAAAGAAUACAGCCAAUCAGGGAAAAGUUCCCCGACUUAGACUGGAAAGAUCUUUGUGGGAAAUGUAUCACUAGCAACGUGGACCUCUCUGCAAAGUACACCAACACGGAGAACAUCGGCGACCCUCUGUUCAACUACUUCAUUUACUGCGCCGCUGUGAUCGAGACCGAGGUGGACAUCCUCACGGGAGAGUCGCAGAUCCGCCGAGUGGAUAUGAUGUGUGACUUUGGCGAGAGUCUCAACCCAACAGUGGACAUCGGACAAGUGGAGGGAGCCUUUGUGAUGGGCCUGGGCUGCUACCUGUCGGAGGAUAUCCUGUUUGACGGGACGACUGGCCGAAUUCUCAAUGACGGAACCUGGGAAUACAAGCCGCCCACGACCAAAGACAUCCCGAUAGACUGGAGGAUCCACCUGUUGCCCGACACCCCCAACCCCGUGGGAAUCCGGAGCUCUAAGGCAACGGGCGAGCCUCCUAUCUGCCUCUCGGUGGGAGCUCUCCUCGCCAACAAACUGGCCAUCAACUCCGCCCGCAAAGACCUGUUUGAUGCAGACGACUAUAUCCCCUCAGUUGCCCCGUUUACAGUGGAGAGAGCUCAGCAGAGCGUGGGACUGACAACAGAGAACUUCAUCGUGUAGCUGUGGGUGUGUGUGCUCUGGGUGUGUGAGGGACUGUCGACGGAGAACUUCACCGUGUAGCUGUGGGUGUGUGUGUGCUCUAGGUGUGUGUGGGACUGUCGACGGAGAACUUCACCGUGUAGCUCUGGGUGUGCAUGUUUCGGUUGUGCUGCUCUGAAUGUGUCUGCUCUGGAUGUGUGUGAGACUGUCGACGGAGAACUUCACCGUGUAGCUACAGACGUGUGUGCUUUGGGUGUGCGUGGGUCUAUCAAUGAAUAACUUCACUGUGUGUGCUCGGGGCGUGCUGGACCUAUUCUUGGACACGUCAAUGGCAGAGUUCUAUACCGAUAGAUCUACAUCUUUCACUUGUCGUUUUAUCUUCAUGUAGAUUUUCUUUUAAAAUGAUUAUUGGAUUAAUUUUUUUUUUAAUGUUCAGCUCUGUAUCCUGUUCUUGUGUAUUCAGUGAAAAAAAGUUAUUGUAUGUUAUUCUCUGACGGCUUCAGUCAUUCUCUAUAUCAUGCUCUUAUUGUUGAUGUGUUUGAAGAGAAAUUGUGCUUUCAUGACGAAUUUAACGACUGCGUUAUGCGGAUGGUCGUUUUUAAUAUUUUUAAAUUAUGAAAUGAUUCUACAGACAAUUAACUUAACCAGCUGGGUUUGAGUCUUUGAUGACAACGUUUGCACGUGGUAAGUGG